AUGAUACUCAUCGCUGCUUGCAAAAGCAUCACUGUUACCCCUGGAAAACUUGAGGAUGAGUUCUUUCCUGGACGGGGAACUAUAGCUGAGUUGAUACGGUUUGAGUAUGGCUGGCUACAGGAGUUUGUGGAUGCGUUACUGGAGGCUGCCGGUGAUGCAGAACUGUUCCUGGAAUUGUCCAUCGCAGACAUACUGUGGGGAUAUGAAGAUGCUCUGCUGAAAACUGUGAAAGGAAUAGCUGAAAAGUUUAAUCAUACCCUUCCUGAUGAAUUUGGUUUGUUCUACAAUGUUCCAUCCAUCACCAUGCCUAGAGGGAAGUUUUGGCGAAGAGGGCUUGCAGCAAAGAAGGGGACUGGCCACCCCUCCAACAAAGGCUUGACGAGUGACGUUGACAUGGGUAUGCCCCCUGUAAAAAAGGCUCUUGUUGACGACAUGGGUACGCCCCCUGUAGAAAAGGCUCUUGAUGACGAUGGUUUGAGUGUUCCAUUUCAAAAAUGCUUUACGAGUGACGUUGACAUGGGUACGCCCCCUGUAAAAAAGGCUCUUGACGACAUGGGUACGCCCCCUGUAGAAAAGGCACUUGAUGACAUGAAGGGUACGCCCCCGAAAAAGGCACUGAAUACUUGCUUGAGCACUGAAUUGAAAACUGAAUUGAACACUGAAAUGAACUCUGAAAUGAACACUGAACUGAACUUUGAAUUGAACACUGAACUGAACUCUGAAUUGAAAACUGAAUUGAAAACUGAACUGAACUCUGAACUGAACUCUGAAUUGAACUUGGUCUUGAACACUGAACUGAACUCUGAAAAAAACACUGAACUGAACUCUGCCAUAAAUUCUGAAUUGAGCUCAGAAUUGAACUCUGAUUCAAACACUGAUUUGAAAACCAAUAUGAAAACUGUUUUGAGCACAGAUUUUAACUCAGCAGCAAACACUGAAGUGCAAUUAGAAGCAAAUAGCACACAACCUCCAAUAACAACCAAAAAUCUUGCAAAGAAAACUGUUCAAAAACUGGUGAAUGAUGCUAAACUCGGCUUGAAUGUCAGAAAUCGAAAUAGGAAAAGGAAUCCCCUUUACAACAUUGUGUUAGUCACUGGCAAGUAUGAUCGAAUAAAAAGAAAUAAAAUUGACAAAGCUGCAUAUAUUAAGCAAAGAACAAGUUCAAAAGGGAAAAAAAGGAUUAUUAAAAAGCCACUUUACAACAUCAUGCUGGCAACAGCUAAAUCAAAUAGGAAAAAAAGAAACACAGAGCAUAUUUCCAUGGAAGAAAGUCAAAAUGAACAAAGUACAGAAAUCUGCACCAAAACAAUUAAACAGGCAAUAAAAAAAGGAAGAACCACAAAUAUAAGCAGAAAAUGUAUACAGGGACAAAAAUUGCCAGCAAAUGUGAGAAGAAUAAGUAAAAAUUUAGUCGUGGUCAUGGAGAAGAAUGUACAGUGUUCUAAGAAGUCUCAUGUUGUAACAGAAAGGAAAAUGAAAUCCAAGAGUAGAGUCAAACCAAAGACUGUUUCAAGUAAGCAAAAGAUGGAAAAUCUUGAGUUCAGCAUGAACACACAAGGAAGUGAUGAACAAGUUGAUCCAAGUAUACAAAAAUCUCUGUUUGAUAUCUGUACAAACGUAUCUCCCAAAGUCAAACAUGAAAAAAUAAAAACAACGCAACCAAGCAAUGAAUGUACAGAUAAAAAAAUGAAACUUAAAAGUACAAGCGUACCUGCCCACGUUGGCUUAAGUGAUGAAAUGAGAAAAAAAGUUGAACAACGGAUUGCAGAACUUUCCCACCAGAAACAUCUACAAGAAUUAUAUACAGAGAGAAAUGUUGCCUCAAAAGCACAUUUAGACAAGGUUAACACUUCAAAAUCUAAUGAAAGUAGGACAAAUAUCGGUGAUAUGGACAUUAUUUUCAAAAAACAAACAAAACCGGUAAUCUACCCUUUCCAACAACUUUCAUAUUGUACGAAAUUUAAACUAAUGAGCAAGUUAGGAAUUAAGGCUGACAUUGCAUCAACAUUGAAUUAUGAAUUGAGAAGUUUGGGGAAACCUCUUGACACCAAAAGUAUUUUGGGUGACGGGAACUGUUUUUUUAGAGCCCUGUCAUUUGCAGUGUCUGAUGAAGAAAGUCAUCACAAAUUAUUGCGAAAUGCAGUUGUUAAUCAUGUAAUGAAACUUGAAGAUAAAUUCAGAAGUCAUUUACGACCAGGUUUCAAAUCUAUACCUGAAUACUUGUCAAAAUCACGCAUGAUACUUGAUGGCACAUGGGCUACUGAAGUUGAGAUUCUGGCUGCUGCAGAUUUACUUCGAACGAACAUUUACAUUUAUGAUGCUGCUGUAUCUUCCUGGCAACUCUUCUCAGCAAAACAAAUAGAUAAGAAUUCAAAGAUUGAGCAAGAAGCUAUUUAUUUGUCGCAUCUGCAUCAAACACAUUAUGACGUUGUUCUGUCAGUAAAAGCUGAAUCUGCUGUUGAAACCUCCCAAAGUAAUGUACCUGACACUGAAAAGAUGAACAAUUUCACAUCUGCAUUUGAUGUUACAAAAGAAAAGGAUUUACAAAUAUCUGCCGAUACUUUUAUUGCAAAAGAUAAAGUUAAAACAGUACUUUCCAGUAAUGUGGAACAAUCUAACAAAGAUCUGCUAAUUCACAAAAAAGUUAUACAAGGACAUUUUCACCAGGGUCAUCCCAGAUUUUUAGAAAAUGCAGGAAAACAGUGUGUACUCAACAGUUUAUCUGCUCUUUUACAUAAUAGUGAGAAAAACGUGAGUCAAUGGACAGCUGUUGAUUUGGAUCAUACUCUUGUAAAAGGAGAUGAAUUGUAUGGGUAUCUUAGACGAAGUUCUACAAUGAAUUACGAUUACCUGUCUAUACCUGAUAUCCCGCGACUUAUAGAAUACAAUGAACAAAUGUUCCAAAUAGAGUUUCAAGAAUCACUAUCGGGUACGUUUGGAAAUGUCCAAGAUUUAGAUCAGUAUCAGUUUGUAACAUUGUUUGAAGCAUUGCAACUGGCUUUAGAUCAGCAAGAUAUUCAUGGAGCAUUUAUUACCUUUAAAGGCAACACAUUUGUUGUUGUAAAGCAAACUGGAGGAUAUUUUGUAUUUGAUUCACAUUCUAGAAAUAUAGAAGGUUUACAAGUGCCAGAUGGGAGCAGUAUUCUUAAAUAUUCCCUUAGUGUUCAAGAGGUGCAUGAUCACUGCAUAAACUUGGCAACAUCUAUGAACUAUGCACCACAGGACAUGUUCGAAGUAACUGCUGUUUGCAUUGUGCAUCAUCAAAUUGAAAUGAACAAGGUUUCCCAGAAUGCUGUAAUUAACUUGCAAAAAGGUAUUAACCUGGCAAACGAAAAGGAAAGUAACGUUACGUCAAUGAUACAUGAAGAUGAACAAGUAGUUAAAAGACCAGAAAAGCAAGGGCAGAUAAUGUUAGACAAAUACUUCCAGUACCAAACAAGUAUGAGUAACAAAAAAUCUGAACAUAACACAAAAUUGUUGGACCCUAAAUCUAACAGAAAGCAUUACAUGAGAAACUACAUAAAAAACCGUCGAAAAGGUCAAGAAUUCAGGAUCAUUGAUAAAAUGUACACUCUAAAAAGCAUGACUAAAGCCAGAGAAAACAAAGAAUUUUGUGAUCAAGAGUAUAAAGCUCAGAAAGCUGCCCGACAAAAACCAGACAUGAAAAUGAAAACUAAGCAAAGCACUUUAAAAAACAAAAGAAAAGCCAGAGAAAACAAGGAAAUUUGCGAUCAAGAGUAUAAAACUCAGAAAACUGCCCGACAAAAACCAGACAUGAAAAUGAAAACUAAGCAAAGCACUUUAAAACACAUGACUAAAGCCAGAGAAAACAAAGAAUUUUGUGAGCAAGAGUAUAAAGCUCAGAAAGCUGCCCGACAACAACCAGACAUGAAAAUGAAAACUAAGCAAAGCACUUUAAAACACAUGACUAAAGCCAGAGAAAACAAAGAAUUUUGCGAUCAAGAGUAUACAGCUCAGAAAGCUGCCCGACAACGACCGGACAUGAAAAUGAAAACUAAGCAAAGCACUUUAAAAAACAAAAGAAAAGCCAGAGAAAACAAAGAAUUUUGCGAGCAAGAGUAUACAGCUCAGAAAGCUGCCCGACAACAACCAGACAUGAAAAUGAAAACUAAGCAAAGCAGUUUAAAAAACAAAAGAAAAGCCAGAGAAAACAAAGAAUUUUGCAAGCAAGAGUAUAAAGCUCAGAAAGCUGCCCGACAACAACCAGACAUGAAAAUGAAAAGUAAGCAAAGCACUUUAAAAAGCAUGACUAAAGCAAGAGAAAAGAAGGAAUAUUCUGAACACGAGAUUGAAGCUAAGCGAAUUAAACGAAAACAUCCACUACAGUUAGACAGUGAAAGAUUAUUCAAACAAGAAAGCCGGAAAAGGUGUCGAAUCCAUGAAAGAGAAACGGAGAGACUUGCAAAAGGUGUGAAACGAACUAAAAUUGAUUUUUGUGAGCAUGAAGGAGAUCUGUCAUUGAAAAGACACUUUGGAGAUUCUAUUGAAAAAUGUAUUGAAAAAUUUCAUGAAAAAGCAGCUGAAGGCCCAGUCUUUGUAUGUACUUGUUGUCACCAAACAUGGUUUCCAAAGAGUGUUGUAAAGCUUUCUAACACUAACAUUAGUGACAAAGGCAAGGCUUACUGUACAGGUUACAUAUCGCAACAUAAUGAGGAAUGGUUGUGCCGAACUUGUUUAGCAACACUCAAGGAAGAAAAAAUCCCAAGACUCUCUCAUAAAAAUGGAAUGAAAUGGCCUAUAAAACCAGAUGUCUUGAAGUUGCACCCUCUGGAAGAAAGACUGAUAUCUCAGAGAAUACCAUUUAUGCAAAUUAGAGAGUUGCCAAGAGGAGGCCAGUUAUCAGCUAAAGGAAAUGUGGUUAAUGUACCUGUUGAUAUCCAACCAACAGUUAAUGCAUUACCGAGACAGAUUGAUGAGCAUGUAACCAUUGCCGUAAAACUGAAAAAACGUCUGUCUCAUAAAUCUGCUUGUUUCACUGAAAAUGUACGACCAAAUGCUGUUAUGAAUGCUCUAGAAUGGCUAAUGGAAAACAGUGAAAUGUAUAAGAAUGCAGGAAUCAAUAUCAAUACUUCUUGGAAAGAAGAUGUUCAGAGUGACCAAAGUGAGAUGAUUUCUGAAUACACAGGUAAAACACAAUUAAAAGAUGAUAGAGAAAUAGAAACCAAUAAUGACAACUUUUGCGAAGCUACACCUGAUGAAUGCAUUCAAGGCAACGCUGAUACACUGGUUGAUGAAGCUGACACUGAUACGAACAAAGUUUAUGUAUUUGCACCUGGUGAAAAUCAAAGACCUCUCAGUUUGUAUGAAGAUAAAGAUGCAGAAUAUCUUUGCUUUCCCUCAAUAUUUUGUGGUCAAAAAAGGAAAGAAAACAGUGAACGGCAAAUUCCUGUUCAUUACAGUGAUAUUGCAAAAUGGGAAUUAAGAAGUGUUGAUCGAAGGGCUGCUCAUUCUGUUCCUAACAUAUUUUUCAAAUUGAAAAAAAAUCCAAGCAAAACAAGUUGGUGACAAAGUGAAUCUUGC